AUUAUCCGAGCCAAGGUCAUUCAAUGAUUCAAUUCUAAUCCCCUCAUUUUUUUUUAUUCUAAAUCGAUGAUAAUAGUAAUAAUCAUUCGUCCCGAUAUUCCGGCUUCUGGAUAAAAAUCCCCACAAAACAACACUCCCUUUUUCUUACACAUACAUUAAACUACUCCCAAGAUAUAAAAACCUCGAAUUCCUUUCUGACGGUCCAAUCCAAUCAUCGUAUUCGUAUCCCCUUAGCUAGCCUUCCCUGUAAAGCAAGCCCCCGCCUCGUCAUCACCUCCCAGCUAUAUAUGUCAUACAGAUCCCUUCACAGUUCAGAAUUCGAGCUGAAAUUUAAUGUGGGUUUCGCGGCCUUACGGCGAGAGUAGUCUCGGGUUGAUUUUGAAUUCCGAUAUCUUCUUUAGCAUCCGUAGUAUUUCAGAAUUCACGGCGUGGAAGUCGGCGGUACCGGAGUAGCCCGGGCCCUAGGGAGUAUGAUUGUUUCCAAGUCCUGAAAGAACUGCUCCAUUAAAGACCUCAGACAUGUCAGGUUCCGGGAAUUUGCCAUCUCUCGAGCUGGCUAAUUCCGAGGAUUCUGAAAUCGGAGGAUCGGACUCGAAUCCCAUAAUCCCGGGCCUGCCGGACGACAUUGCGGAGCUCUGCCUGCUCCACGUGCCGUAUCCCUAUCAAGCUCUUGUACGGUCAGUGUGCUCUUCGUGGAACAGAGUGAUCGAAGACCCGAACUUUCUCGUGUCUCGGAAAUCCCUUUCCCUCUCUCUGUGGUACCUCUUCGUCUGCUCAUUCCACAAAUCAACGGCCAGGAUCCAGUGGCAGGCCCUGGACCCGCGAUCCGGCAGCUGGUUCGUCCUCCCUCCCAUGCCAGCCCAUAAGGGUGCCAGCGCGCCUGCAUUUGCCUUUGCGUCGGCUCCUCGCCAGGGGAAGCUCUUCGUCCUCGGCGGGUCCCACAAAGACACGAAGUCUGCCAUGGGGACUACGGUCAUGUACCACGCAUCGACAAACCGAUGGUCCCUGCUGGCUCCAAUGCGGAACCCCCGAGCAUUUUUCACAGCUGGUUGCGUGGGUGGCAAGAUUGUGGCUGCGGGCGGGUGCAGACCUCCUUUGUGCACCACAUUAUCAGCGGUCGAAUGCUACGACAUGAAGACUGACACGUGGUCGCAGGCAGCAGCGAUGCGACCCGGGCUGGUGAAGUAUGACUCCGCUGUGGUGGGCAACAGGCUCUACCUGACCGAGGGGUGGACGUGGCCUUUCACAUUCACGCCGCGUGGACUGGUGUACGAUCCCGACAAGGACACGUGGCAGGAGAUGAGGGCGGGGAUGAGGGAAGGGUGGACGGGGAUCGGGGUCGUGCUCAAAGACAGGCUGUUCGUGGUGUCGGAGCAUGGUGACCACCGGCUCAAGGUGUACUGCCCCGAGGGCGAUACAUGGAAGUAUGUCAAUGGGGACCGGUUCCCCUGCGAGGCAUUGAAGAAGCCAUUUGCAGUCAGUGGGGGGGACCACGGAGUGAUAUAUGUGGUGGCGAGCGGGCUCCAUGUCGGGGUCGGGAGAGUAUUCGAAAUGGAGGACGGGGAGUUCUCGGUGACCUGGGAGGUGGCGGCGGCCCCGAAGGCCUUCCACGACUUCUCUCCUUGUAAUGCUCAGUUACUUUACGCAUAGAGUCAUUGGAUACAUAAUAAGUUCCUUGCUCCCCAAGGGACUGAGAAACCGCCCGGUUCGUACCGAAACGACACUGGAAUCCGACUGCUAGAUCGUUCGAUUGAGAGAUUAUUGUGUAAGUUGAUACACGUCGAGGCGAUGGAAUGAUUAUUAUUAUUAUUUUUUUGUUGGUUGGGAAAGAUGAAAGGAGGGGCCAGGGUGGAUAUACUGAUAAUGUCUCUGUCUUGGAAUUUUUGGUUAGUUUAUUAUAAGCCAACAUUAGUAUUGCAGUACAAAUUUAUGUGCACGUUGUGAUUUGCAAAGGUAGUGGAUGAUUCUAACAGUAGCAAUGUUGAUUUGACAA